CCAAUAACCACAUAGCUCCAAUGGUGAUCUUCCUCCGAUGUACUCCGUUGGCUCCGCUUCUUCCCUUACGCCAAUAUGGCCUCUCGCGAACAAUUCACUUCUUUCCAGAUUAUCCAUUCGGAAGCAGACAAGGCUUACGGCGAACCACAGCCAGAGCACUUACAGAAUGGAGAGAGUAUGAGGAAGCUGUUAAAGACAAAGAUCUUGCUCGAGCCCUACGUUUCCUCCAGGAAAUCCCACUGCCUAAUGAUUAUUCCGUUGACUCACAAGGUGGUAAUCGCUUGGGACUGUUGGAGUUGCAGAGGGAUUGGCAAGUCCUGGAUACAUGCUUAAACGCCGAUGAUAUGAGGCUUGUUGGAAGUGCUUAUGCUUUUCUCACGGACAAGGGCUUCUUGAAUUAUUUCGGAAAGUACCGCAGUAUUGUUCUGGAGGGACCAAGAGACGUUACCCCAACUGUUUUGCAGUCUUCAACUGGUUUAGAAGUUUCCAAACUUUCACCAAAGAAAUGGGGUCUUUCCAGAAGCUCUAGUAUUGUUCUGGUAGCACUUUUUGCUGGAUUAUCAUAUAUGGUAGACCAUGGAAUUGAUCUCAGACCUCAUCUGGCAGUAAUAUUGGGUGUAGCCAUGGUAGAUUCAAUAUUUCUUGGUGGUUCCUGUUUAGCCCAGAUAUCAAGUUAUUGGCCUCCAUACAAGCGGCGCAUACUUGUGCAUGAAGCAGGACAUCUUCUUGUUUCUUAUCUCAUGGGAUGCCCCAUUCGUGGCGUAAUUUUAGAUCCUAUCAUUGCAAUGCAGAUGGGAAUUCAAGGGCAGGCAGGAACACAGUUUUGGGAUGAGAACCUUCAAAAUGAGCUUGCUGAUGGACGACUCAGCGGUAUUGCCUUUGACAGAUACUGCAUGGUGCUAUUUGCUGGGAUAGCAGCAGAAGCUCUUGUUUAUGGAGAGGCUGAGGGCGGAGAGAAUGAUGAAAAUCUAUUUAGGAGCAUCUGUUUGCUUUUGGAACCACCAUUCUCUGUUGCACAGAUGUCAAAUCAAGCAAGGUGGUCAGUUCUGCAGUCUUAUAAUCUGUUGAAAUGGCAUAGACAUGCUCAUCAAGCCGCUGUUAAAGCUCUGGAAAGUGGUGGUAGUCUCAGUGUAAUUAUCAGGAGCAUUGAAGAAGCAAUGGCUACCAACAGAUGAUGUUUAUGUUGCAUAUAUGGUGCUGAUUUGUCUCACGGAAAAGUGGAGCAAUUGUUGAAUGUACGCCAUGGUGAACAGAUAGGGAAGAAACAUCAAGGAGAAAUAAGCUGCUCAUUCAUGGCAACUUUGUAAGUAAUUUUUUACUUGGCGACUUGGGUUGCUGUAGUGUAAAACCAUUGGUAAUAUUGGAUAGCCAAAAUAUAAUAUUAAAUCUCUUCUCCCUUUGGGCGGCUAUUAGUUAUUUUAAAUGUUUAAUGGAAAUUGCAUAUAAGAUAUUGAACAUAGAAACUUGCCAUAUGCCAAUUCUUGCUUCAAAAGGGACGCUUCUUUUGAUGAAUAAAUGGAAAUAUUACUUUGUC